GCCAGGUGAUUAUGGCCUCUCUGGUUGAGUCGUCGGUGGAUGUGGGUCACGGGUAGAACAUUCAUGGACCAAAAGGCAACCAGGACUCAAGGCUAGGGGAUGUGGACUUGGGCAUCAUGUUGCAGAAACUCCCUGUGUGGAAUUUGGCAGCUUUUAGCUGAUUCGGCUUCUCACUGGUGGUGGCUGCUCGGAGGGUGGUGGGGUGACCGCCGAUGGGUGACAUGCAAUGAUGAACAGUCUACUCGGGACGGAGUACUGUAUGAGGUACAGAGAUGGGAGUACCGAAAGCCUUCUGGCAGGUUGAGCUUUGGAGAGCUGUGGCGCCUAUGGUACCUAUACUCAUGUACCGAGUACCUAGGGCUGCUGAGGCCCCAAGGGAUCUUUCGGUUGCCUUUUGGCACCCGUGCUCCUAAAGAAUCGAGGGGUCGGGCUAGUCAAUGGUACCUAGGGCAAAGAUCCCCAGACACCAAUGGGAGUGCUUAGACUGGCUUCCCGGCAUGGCGCUUCCC